AUGGGAAAUCAGUCUCUUAGAGAACUCAUAGAAACGUCAACAGAUCACGGCCAUGACCUGUUAACGUGGAUAACUGCCAAUUUGGAGAAGGUGAUAUCUUUGAAGGACGCCAGUGACGCUGAAUUACAGGAGGUUAAAGACAUACAUAACCAAUUGGAUGAAUUUAUAAGAUAUACCACAACAUUAGAGGAUGCGGAUACUUUAGAGCUGCACUCGGUGUUCACCAGCCUGUCUCAGCUUUAUGCAAUGUCCACACAAUGUCUAAAAGACGAACAUCCUGGGAUGGUAUUCGAUUCCUCUGCAUUUCUGACCAAUGUAUUAUGUGAGGAGGAUGUCUUGAUCGAUGACGAAAUUAAUGAUCCUAACCAAACGAAGAAAAAAAAAAAAUCAACAAUGAAGAAAAAGAAGUAUAUAUACACACCUGCAAAAGAUAUUGCAUGUACCGUUUUGAUUCAAUUAUUUGAAAUUUUUGGAAGUGAAGUUUCAUCUUUGGUCCCAUUGCUGUUUAGUGCAGUAUUCAAAAACUUGAAAAAGAUCAUGGAAAAGAGUAAAUAUCACCAUGCAACUUUUAUGACGUUACUACUUCAACUGUUUAAUGCGAUCCUAAGAAAUUCUAAUAAUGAUGACAAAAUCUUAGAUCCAACUACAUAUGCAAAAUUCUCAAAGCUAUCCAAAACCGUUUUCGACAGUAUUUAUUCGGAUGAAAAGGACUUCCCAGUGAGUUUUGUGUCUGUACUGAUAGAAUGUUGGGUGGCUCAUUUCAAACAAACAGCUUUUAUCAAAGAGCAUGCUCAUGAUAUCCUAGAAACAAUAUAUUCUAAAUUUACGGAGGGCGAGAUAGGGGUUUAUGGUUUUGCCAACGAUAAGACACGUCUCUCUACGGCAAAGUCUUUAGCGGAGAUCUUAUUUGAUUAUUACUUCUCAAAAGAGAUCCUAACUUUGCAAGAAGUAUGGUCGAUUUACGUGAGAAUUUUUCUAAAUUCUGACACUCGAGAUGUGAAAAGCGGUUGUUUUGAAUCUAUUAUACAUUUUAUUAGUUUAAAUUUACUUGCUGACAAAACCUUCCUGAGUAACUCAAAAUACCUUGAUACAGUGCUAUCUUUAAGUCAGAUCUUUAGUGAUUACGAAGUGAAUAAUAAAAGCAUGAACACAUUAACAAGGUAUUUGAGGUACUUUCAACAUAUGCAUGAAUUCAUAUUACCACAUCUGAGUGACACUGCUAAAACUCAAGUGCUAUAUCAUAUAUUAGGUUGUUCGGAUUCUUACCUGAAUUCCUCUAAAACGGAUUCAGCGAAAAGCUUAAAGUACGGCGUUGAUGUUAAGCCUGGCACACAGUGGCUUACACUAGUACAACUAGAUUUGACGUAUGUUUUAAUACGCGAUUUGAACUCUACAUUUGCCACUGAGGAGUAUACUAUUAAAGAAAUUAGAGAUAAACUAGUUGAAUUGGCCACGUGUGAAAUCUUUACAAUCCGUGUUCACACAAUGGAAAUUUUGAGAGUUUUCCUCAAUAAUUGUCCGGAGUAUCUUUCGGAGACUAUAGAAAACUCUCUACAUGCGUUAUCCAGUGAUUUCAAAUCGACUGAAAAGUUUGUCUUUUAUAGAAAUCAUGGACAUGCUUUUAUUAUAGCGAAUUUGAUUAAAGACGCCAAGAGCGACUAUAUCUCGUACGAGCUAAUUAUGAGAAUUACGGUUUUCUCCACUUCAUUCAUUAAAAACAAUACCACGUCUACAUCCUCCAAUUUAUACUUCAAAGGUCUUUUAUGCUGGAUACUAUUGAUCGGACUAAUGAAUUAUAAAGAUGAACAAUAUUUGAAACUACAAACAUCUCAAUUAUUUCUUUUCUGGAAAGUUUUAUUAACGCACACUUACACGUAUCACGACGAGGAUGAAUUGUACAAGAAUUUGGAAAUAAGAAACCACGCCUUGACCUGUUUAUUGACGUAUUUAAGUAAUACCCAAAUUGACAAAGAUAUGGCCAAGCAAGUAUCAUAUUUGUUGACUAAAUGUUCCAAUUUCAACCAUUCCGUUGAUUUGAAAUCUAAAAACAUCGACAAUGCACUAUUGCACAACGAGAACAGGAUCCUACAGGUUUACCUCAAAUUAGAAAAGUACAUAAGUGGCGAUUUCAAUAGCUCGUUACUAAUAUUAAUCGUAAAGAAUUUCUCAGAUCCCAAUCUCUAUACAGAGUCAAGCUCUUCUGGUUUAAGCAACCUCAAACACAUUCGUAACAAGAAGGUGGGGAAUAAAGACGAUCUAGAAAAUAACGCCGUCUCAGAAUCCUCAAUAAAUUCUUUACUCCGUCAAAACAAUGGUUUCGCCUUUGGUCUUUCUAGUAAGAUAGCUAGCGACCGUAUUGCAAGUCUGUCAAUGUCCCCUGCUAACAAAUAUGACGAAUCAAUUAGUGGAAACUGGCCAUCUAAGGAUUACGAUUGGUACAACAUUUUCGAGAAGGAAAUAUCAAAACCAAUUUCUCCAAUUCUAUCUCUGGACUCAUUGAUCCUACUAUAUGGAUCCGGAUCUUACUCGCAAACUGAUCGUUAUGCACCUCAGGUUACUACAUCUCUAAUCGACUCCUCUAUGGAGCUCUUUUCUUCUGUAUUUCCAUUUCUGAAUAGUAAAAUACAGUACUCUGUUAUGGAAACUUUAAACUUGUCAAUGUUUUCCAAGAUGACUACCCCGUUGAGAAGUGUUGCAAUUGCGGCCAACGUUUGUAGUGCGUUGCAUAGUGCUUUGUACAUUAUGCAAGAAAGAAGCUUAGAGCUGGACUACACAGUGGGGCAAUUAAUUAUUGAAUCUAUCAAAAAAAUUCAGUUUUUUAAUGACACUUUUUUAACAAAAAUCAAAGCAGAUUGUAUAGGGUUACUUACAGCCGCUAUUGCACGGACAUAUAACGAUGAAGAGAGGCAAAGGUUUCUUAUAGAACAAUCAAGAAUAUUCAUUAAAAACGUUGCAGAUAUGGAAGAGCCAUACUUAAGAAUGUUUCACGUGCUAUCGCUGGCAACAAUUUUCAAAUACAAUUCACAAUACGCAAAUUUUGAAACCUCAUUUAAUGUAAUUUUUGCGCUAACAAAUGACCCACAUCCUGUGGUCCAUUCUUGGUCAUUGAAGGCAAUGCACGUUCUCCUUGAGAAGCACUUGGUUAUUGAUCUGAAAACAACAUCUAUGCUGCUCAAUUUUAUGGAAGAGGCGCUGAUAAACGACAGAUAUGGUGCCUACGGGCGCUCCACUCUUCGCUGCAACUACAAUAGAGAAUUUAAUUCACAUGUGGCAAUUGGUGAAAUUUUAAGGACUUUAGCUGAAACGGUGGGCCCAAACUUUCUAGAGCUGAAUCCUAAGGUUCUUGAUUCGUUCAGGAAUACUACUUUAUCUUUAUUGAUUUCCAAUAACACACUCAACAAUAUCAUUAGCAUUAAAAUAUUCGAAAAUAUGGCUACGUUCAAAAUGAAAAGCAUUCUAAACUACGGAAUAUUCAUUUCUUCCUCUAAGAAUAUAAUUAAAAAUUCAAUAGUUACAGGAAUAGGAUCCACAUAUUUUAACUCUACCUUUACAGGCUCAAAUGAACUUAUUCCAUGUACUUCGAGUUUAAAAAGCGCUUUCGAAAACUUUGAUUCAUUCACAUUAUUGUACAAAUUACAAAUGGAAGAAAUAUUCAUGAAAGGGAUGGAAAGUUUAAGCUGGAGAUAUUUGGCGCUUUUUCCAAAUUCUCGCUCUGUGAGGAGUUACUUUACCGAAUGGAUAUUGCAUACUCUUGAAGAAGACAGCCAUUGGUUCGACAAAUUGUAUUCGGUUUUCAAUAUGAAUAUAGGAAGACUAUUUCAAAGUUAUUACAGGGACGUGACAGUGUUAUUAAAGCUAAACGGUCUCCAAAAAUCUUCAGAGAAAGAAAUAAAAGGUGAAGAAGAAGAAUCGAUAGCUAACGUUAGCCAGAUGGCCAAUACAGAUACCCACGAUCUCGGCUCAGACAGCAUUCAAUGGAAGAGCAAACAAGUUAUUUUGGAUUUGAUUUUAACAUUGUGUUUGGAAUCCGAAAAACAUGAAAAAUUACUUGUUGCUUUGAGUAAAAAGCUUGCGGAUCUCAUUGAAAUCUCAUUCCGCGGAUCUACAGUCAGGUGCGAGGAUAUGAAGUUGACAGGAUUACAAAUUUUGAAUUUUGUGCUCAAGAACUACUCAUCAAUGAGAGAUCCUCAGAUUCCUGAAUCGUCGAUAUUAGAACAACAGGAAGCUCAAAUAACUAGCGCGUUGAUGCCUGCAUUCAGUAAAGGAAGCUCACCUACGGUAAUAUCCUUCGCUAUCACUGUUGCCGCUGAAGUGCUAGCUUCCAAUAUCAUGCCACCUACUAAACUAGGAAGAAUUUCCCAACUAUUGAUUGAUCUUUUGCGCAAUUUGAAAGAUUCUACUUCCAGCAUAAAUGUAGGUGAAGCUGUCAUUGUUACGCCAAAAGCAAAACGGAAAAUUGAACUUGCCGUUUUGGACGCUUGGGCGGAGGUAGUACAAAGGUCCAUCACCUCAUCAAACGAAGAACUCGUCUCUUUCACAAAGAAGUAUUGGAAUAUUUUGGUUCCAUUAUGGAUCAUUUCUCUUCGCGAAUACAUGAUGAUAAAAUAUGAUGAGAAUGACGCUACACUGGAAUUGAAAAAUCAAUCGAAAGACAAUACCUUUAUUGAAUUAAGAAGUACAAAGAUUGAAUUAUAUGAGCCAGUCUGGUUAAAUUUUGUAGAGGCACUUGGAUGCACGCUUGAUUCAGACGUUAACAUUAUUCUAGGAUCUCUUGAUAACGAGGAAUUGGAGUAUUUUAUUUUUGUUUUGUUUAGCCAAUGCUUGGAGGCUAUCGUCAAGAAUAUUGAUGACCAUUCAAUUAAGAUGCAGGUCCUACCUGCUUUGCAUAAUGUUUUAAAAUGUAAUUUAUGCACCAAACAUUUAUUUGAAGAUGAUAUAAUUGCUGAAGUUGUUGGGAUAAUGGAUAGGCUUAUUUCUACAGGUGAUAGCAAAGAAGAAUUUUUACUUGUUGAUAUCAUCAACGACUUGAUCAUUGGUUAUACAAAAUGCAAUACUACACCUGAGACGUUUCUACAAGAUAUCGACAAAUUAUAUGAAUUACUGCGGCUGUUAAUGAUGAUAAUUUCAAAAAGACUGCCAUUUAUCAAGUAUAAUGUGUUAGACAGCAAUGAUAACAAUAACGAAAUAAAGCUAUCCACCACUGACAUUGAUUUGCUGAAAAAAACGUUCAUCGCAUUCGAGUCAAACAUUAGUAAGUUUGACAAUAUGUUUAAGCUAGAUCUCUAUUCCUGUCUUUUAUUCAUCAUAGGGAAGAUUUAUGAAUGCGGUGAUCGCGACUUGAUAAUCCCAAUUAUACUUCCGCUUUUCAAGGCAUUGGUAAAGGCACUUACAGACUCUGAGGAUGAUAAAAACAUUGCGUUACUUGAAAUUUUUUACGGGUCAAUAAAGGAUGUGAUUUAUAAUAAACUAAACUCAAACAACAAAAUUGCUACCAUUUUAAUUUUACUGUCCAACGGAUACUCCAAUCUAAGCAAUCAAGAACUGAGUGGCUGCGCAGAUAUCCUAUUGGAAGCACUAAACAACUCUACUACACAACCUAUUACUUUCCAAGGUUUCAAAAGAAUAAUAUCGAAUACCGCUAAAUACUCGUCAUUACAAUACUUGAUGAAGUUGGUCAUAAAGAGAUUUUUCCAAGAUAUCCAAGCUAAAGAUUCUUUAUCUCUAGCGAACAUUGAAAUGAAGCUAAUAAUCCAAUUCACAGGGGAAGUAAUUAAGCAAGACAACUCAAAAGCGUCAUCGUCAAUUGCGUUAUGUCUUUCUUUCUUUGUCAGAUAUCAUGAGGCUUAUAUGAACAAAGUGGACAAAGAGGUUGCAAAGGAAAUCAUGGCUCUGGCCAAAUUGGACAAAAAUUCCUUCAAAGGUGCUAUUGCAAAUAUUUUAAAUCCCGAACAGAAAGCAAGUAUUGUUUCUUUAAUGGAUGCUUAUGCUCAGUCAGAAUCUGUAGGAUCUGUCGAAGAACCCUUUCAAUUGAAAUCCUUCAACUAA